CAGCAGCAGCAGCAGCAUCUUCCUGAAGAUGAAGCAGCUGAAGUUUAUCGGCGGCUGUUUGCCGUUAUUCAUCAUGGCGAUCGCCUUCGACAUCAUAGGCUUCGUCCUGCUGUUCGUCGGGAUCUUCGGCGACUUGCGGAUCCGCGGCGCGUUUUACGGUGAUUUCCUCAUCCACACCGGUGCGCUCCUCCUGUUCGUCAGUCUGGGGUUUUGGUUGAUGUGGUACAUCGGGAACAUCAGAGUGCAGGAGGAAGGUUUGGAGAGGGGAUCCAGCGCGGCGCACAGCGUCAAAGAUCUGGCGAGAAAACUCACCGAGAGACUCUCCAAAACACACCUGAAGAAAGAGAGCACAGGUGAGAAAUCCCCCAGUAAGUCUUCCACCAUUCGAAACGUAACCUGGGGCAAAUCCACGUAUUUCCCAGGAUGUAAGGAUCCCGAAUCAGAUAUGAUCAAAUGUGAUGAACUUUCCAAGGAAAAACCAGAUGAUGAUGAGUUCAAGUGCUACCAGAAUGAAGGGUAUGAAGACGAGGAGUCGGUGACCAAAGAAAGUGAACUACUGCAGGAGAAGAAAGAUGAUCCGACCCAAGAAACAGAAUCAGCCGUGAGCAAAUCUGAUGAAGCAUCGCAGGAGGAAAAGUCCGAGGAUGAUCAGUUCACCUGUUAUCAGAAUGAAGGGUACGAGGAGUCUGAAUCAGAUGCGACUAAAGAACAACCUCAGAAACCCGAUGAGCCACAGAGCAUUGAUGAUCUUCUUUAAUAACAGGUCCUGAAAGAAUGAGUCAACACUAGUGGUAGAAAAACUGCCAAAUCAAACAUUUACUCACAGAGCUACUGUGUACAAUCCAAACUCUGUAAUAUAGACUGUCUGUAAUAUAGUAAAACACAACAGCCUGUUGUGUUAUUAGUGUACAGUAUAUGUCAUUGUUUGUUUUAUUAUUGUAAUAAUUUAUGUUGUUUUUAAGUAACACUCAGGUACAGCCCUCAUUUUUGCACAUUCUCAUUUGUAAGUUCAUGCAACAUGUCUUGCAUUGUGGGAAUCCAUUUCCCUUUCAAAGUAACAGCUGAACUUUCAUGCAAACUCCUCAUCGGUCGAGCCAUUUCAUUUGUUAGCCAAGCUACGACAACCUGUCAUCAGUGACAACAGAGAGAGUCGCCCAACCAGUUCGACAGCAAAUACGGAAAGCCUGUCAGUGAAUUCAUGCGGUUUGAUGGUGGCCGCGAUCUGUUUGGUCCAUCUCAAAACAAUGAUGGAAAUGUAAUACUGUACUUUUACCAAACAGUGCUUUAGAAGAAAGCAAAUCUGUACAAAUGUGUGUGUUGUAAUCUAACUUCUUAAAGGAAUAGUUCACCCAAAAAUCUAAAUGUCUUUUAUUACCCGCAUAACAUACUUUCUUCUGUGGAACACUUAAAGUCCAAGCUGCUCUUUUCCAUACAAUGAAAGUGGAUGGUGACCAAGGUCAUCAAGGAUGUUUUUCAGUGAAUAACCACUUAAAUUUCAGUCUGUUCCUCACACAAAUGUAUCGUAUGACUUCAGAAGACUUGGAAUAUAGUGCAUGAGUCAUAUGAACUGCUUGUAUGAUCUUUUUGGAGCUCGACAGCCCCUGGUCACCAUCCACUUUCAAUUUAUGGAAAAGAGCCGCGUGCACAUUCUACUUAAAAUCUCCUUAUGUAUUCAACUGAAGAAAGAAAUUCAUAUGAGUUUAGAACGACAUGAGGGUGAGUAUAUGAUGAUCACUUUCUAUUCCUUGAAUAUUGUGACAUAGAAUUACAUUAAGAAAUAUAUGUUGCCAAAUCAUGAAAUGCGCAAGAUUUUAAAGUAAAAAUAUUUUUAUAGAGAUUAUAUAUUUGGUAGUGAGUGAGGUAUACAUGUGUGGACAUGCAUGAAGAAUUGUGUGACAUACGAAGAGAUGAUAAAAUGAGUAAUCUUGACAUGCCAAACAAAUGCUGAUGGUAAACACUUCCUCAUUCACCGUGACAAUGCAAAAAAAAAAAAAAAAUGCAUGUAGAAUUAAAGCCAUACGCUUUACAUUGUGAUUGUAGAAAUGAUUCACACUCUCAAAUUAAACCACAUUUCA